AUGGCUAAUCGCAAACCACGCCCUUACAUGCCCUACAGCGGUGUCAAUGACAACGAUGUCGAGAUAACCUCACAUUACAUUAAUCGCGUUGACCACAUUGUUUACAUGUGGGUAACUUGGUGUAAUGGCUCGCGGGGGAUGCGGUGCAGUGAGUACGACGUCCAGACCGUGAAACCCAACAAGGUUUACGAAUACUGGCGCAAACUCGGCGGACGUUGUUCCACCACCGAACUUUCGAUGUACCACGUCUUCGACAUCAUUGGCGAAUGUGGGAGGAGCUAUCAUGUUCAAUGGAUCGGGUAUGAUGAAGAUGAGGCGACAUGGGAGAGCAAGGCCAAGGUCAAACGGAUUUGUCCUCGUGCUGUACUUGACUGGCAGCAACAGGCUGUAAGCACCUUAGCAAAGGUGAACUAG